GUGAAACUAUCACACCAAUGCAGACUACAAGAUACCCAAGUCCUGCUGAACUAGAUGCCUACGCACAGAAAGUUGCAAGCAACCCACUAACUAUCAAGAUCUUCCCCACCAACAUCAGGGUUCCUCAGCACAAGCACCUAAAUCGGACUGUAAAUGGUUAUGAUACCACAGGCCAGCGCUACAGCCCUUACCCAAUACACACAAGUGGCUAUCAAGGCCUGCUUGCUAUUGUUAAAUCUUCUAGCAAGAGUGUAGUGAAGAAUGUAGAGGGAAAACGAACUAAGAUUUCUGCUGCACAGGUUGGUGUUGCUCCUUACACCAUGACAAGCACUUUAACACAAGGCCAACCUUGCAAUGGACAGCUGAGUUAUCUUGCAACUCAGAAGCAGAUGGAUGCACCAGUGCCACCCAAUGUGACUGUGGCAACAUCAGUCAUUCCUUUAACAGGUAGAAAUUUAACACUCCAACAGUCUAAUCUGCCCUCCAUUCAAAGCAUAAUUUACCAGAUUAACCAACAGUGCCAGGCUCAAGCUUCUCACCAGGCUUGUCAGGGUGUGGUGGUUACUAACUCUAGUCCAGCUAAGCAGGGAAUGACCAAUGGCUUUACUGCAAUGACCGGGGGCACUGUGGCUUAUACGGGCACUGUCUUGCAAGACUGUAGAGCAGGUGCUGAGAUGGCACUAGGAUCUGCCCCAGUAAUAGCGAAACCUGGAUCCUAUCAGGAUAGCAUGGACUACCUAAUUUGGCAACAGAAGCAACAACAGCAGCAACUUCGGAUAUACAGUGGAGGCAGUGGUGGAGGUGGAGCAGUCAGCAAGUCACCAGAAGUGUGCCCUGGAGUAUCUCGCCCUUAUACUCUCGCUAGUGCCGUUGAAAAAGUCAGCUCUUCCCCACUGAACUGUGUUGGCAUGCAUGGUAAUUUUUCA